AACCUAGCUGAGGGAGACAUUAAUCUAGCUAGAGGUACUCCCCAGCUGGGUUAUGAAAACUAUGAUACUUUGCCACAGUGAAUCAAGAGUUAGUGGUUAUUGUGAAUCAAGAGUCUAGUGGUUAGGACACUUAUCCGGAGGUGUAGGGGUAGGGUCCUGCAUUACUGGCCUUGCUUACAGAACUUUUUACAUAUUUUAUACAAUGAGUGUAUUAUAAAAUAUGUAACUGGUGCAGGGAGUAGAACUAGAACCCAGCCCCCAACCUAGGAGGAGAGAAUCCUAACAAGCAGUCUACAAAAUUGCACUCCAUUUUUUCUGGCUACAAGAAUCUUGGAUUCUUUGCUGCAUGGAGGCACAUCUUCAACAGGUGGAGAGCAGAAAGUGUCCCAACCUAGCACCGCGUGGUAAUAAGGGUACUCUUCUAGGAGGUGGGCCAUGGAUUGAGGCCCUUCAAACUUUGGAAGAACCUGAAUGUCUUCCAUUUUUUAGCUGAAUGCCAUAACCUUUAGGAGGGACCAGUACCACCACCAUUUAAAGUGACCAUAAACAGUUUUUUUUGCAAACCUAAUCCAUCUAAUACCUAUCAAUCUACUCUGAAUGUGCCUACAGAUUGGACAUCUUGGGCAACGUAGGUUGCCUAGUCUUUGAAUCCUGGAUUGCCUAGUCUUUGAAUCCUGAUAGAGUGUAGGUGUGUGAUGAGUGUCAAACUGUUCAGAACCACCCUAGUCUGGGAUUGUGCAGGAGCUGUACUUUAAAGCGCUGAGAGACAUCUAGAGAACUUCAGUAUCAAACUGGGAGUUGCCUGAGUUUUCUACUCUCAGAGGCACUCAGAAAGACACUGCAUGCUUAAGACAAAGUGAAUAUUUUUUUUGCAAAUAAUUUUCAACAAUCCUCAUCAUCACUAGAAAAUACUAGCACAUUUCAGUCUUUGACCAGGCAGCACAGAAGAGCCUGUCUUUUCAGAUGCGAGUGAAGCAGAAGUCCGGGACAUAGUGCUGGCUGCCUUCAGUAAAAAGUAUGAAGCAUUUGUACCACCAUGAGGAUAUUGGAGGAACAAACCAUUUAUGAAGAGCAGAUUUAUUUGAGCACAGGAUUUUAACAGUAGAAUUCUGAGUGGGAUAGAAGAUGAACUCAGCUGAAUUCACUGAGGAUGAUGAAGUAAAAAAUAUUAAAAAAAAUAUUGUCAAAGUAGAAACGGAAAAUGAAGAUGAAGCACUAGACUGCUCCGUGGCAUCCAGACCUUUUGAGAAACAGCCCCUGGAUGGAUCAGUUACAAGCCUACAGGACUCCAACAAAAGGAAACAGAUCUCUCUUGGCGGUGACGGUUCCGGGAAUCAGCAAGACGCUUUACCCAGCGUGAAGAAAAGACGCUUUACCCAAGAGGGGCUUCUGUCAAGUGUGAAAAACAGAGAUACUGGGUCACCCACUCAGGCAAAUGUAGAACAGUCUAACAAGAACAAGAAUCCCAGUGUAACAUGGCUUUGUGAAGAGGACACUUUCAGUGACAUCACCACUCCAUCCUACAAGAAACCUCUGUAUGGCAUCUCUCACAAAAUUACAGAAAAAAAGAACCCACCAGGGGGAGAGCAGUUUGCUUCCUAUGAACUGUAUGAAAAGAUCAGUCCUAGCAGCCCAUCACAUCUUCGUAAUGAUCAUCGCAAAAGGGACUCUGGUAAUACCAUGGUUGUGACACCUGCCAGCACAGAUUCUGAUCCAAAUGUAUACUCCUUGAUACAAAAAAUGUUUUACACCCUCAACACCCUGAAUUCCAACAUGACUCAGCUUCAUAGUAAAGUUGACCUCUUGUCUCUUGAGGUCAACAGAAUUAAAAAACAAGUCAGCCCGACAGAGUCUGUAGCAGAGUUCAAGCCUCCCCCUGAGUACCAAUUGACUGCUACAGAGCUGAAACAAAUCAUGGAUCAAAGCACAUCAGGCGGAGACUUGGCUUGUCGCUUACUCGUGCAGCUUUUCCCAGAGCUCUUCAGUGAUGAUGAGUUCAACAGGAGUUGCAGUGCAUGCGGCUUCCUUAACAAAAAGAAACUUGAAUCACUUCAUCUGCAGCUUAUCCGGAACUACGUGGAAGUUUGUUACCCUUCUGUAAAGAAUACUGCUGUCUGGCAACUGGAGUGUUUGCCACAACUCAAUGAUUUUUUCAGUAGGUUUUGGGCUCAAAGGGAGAUGGAAAAUAAUCAGCAGAGUGUGCAGUCCUCCAGUUUUUAUGAGGCUGACCAGGUGGAUUCCUCUCAUUUCAUUGAGGAUAAAGAGCAGGAAGAAGCUUUGUCACUGGACAGGAGUAGUGUAAUUGGCUCAGAUUAUAUUCUGGAUGCUCAAGAUCUCAAUGAGUUUUUAGAUGAAGCUUCCACGCCAGGGGAAUUUUCUGUGUUUUUGUUGCACCGAUUGUUUCCUGAGCUCUUUGACCACAGGAAGCUUGGUGAAAGGUAUAGCUGCUAUGGAGAUUCAGGAAAGGAACAGCUGGAUCCUUCUCGGCUUCAGAUAAUCCGCAGGUACACAGAAAUAUACUUUCCUGAUGUGCAAGAGGAGGAAGCCUGGUUGCAACAGUGUGUCCAACGAAUAAAUGAGGAACUCGAGAGCAUGUACAUGGAUGGGAGUGAGUGUGAACAGAUGAGAGAAGAUUGCUACGAUUCCUCUAGUUUGCCAGAUGAUGUAUCUAUCAUAAAAGUGGAGGACAGUUUUGACUAUGAAAGGCCAGGAAGAAGAUCAAAAAAAAUUUGGCUUGUGCCAAUAGAUUUUGAUAAACUUGACUUCCCCCCUCCUGAUUUUGAUGUUCCUGUUCCAGAUUAUUUGUUGAACAAGGAACAGAUUAAAAAUAUAUAUGAAAGCAGUCUCUCUAUAGGCAACUUUGCCUCUCGAUUGCUUGUACACUUAUUUCCUGAACUGUUUACUCAUGAAAACUUAAGGAAGCAAUACAACUGUAGUGGCUCUCUAGGCAAGAAACAGCUUGAUCCCGCUAGGAUUAAGUUAAUUCGACACUAUGUGCAAAUACUGUACCCAAGAGCAAAGAAUGAUAGAGUGUGGACGUUGGAAUUUGUUGGGAAGCUUGAUGAGAGAUGUCGACGCAGAGAUACUGAACAGAGACGUACAUACCAGCAGCAGCGGAAAGUCCAUGUGCCAGGGCCAGAGAGAAGAGAAUUUCUUAGCUAUGCAAUAAACCCAGAAAGAUUCAGAGAAGAGUUUGAAGGACCACCAUUGCCUCCAGAAAGAAGCAGCAAGGAUUUUUGCAAGAUACCGCUGGAUGAACUUGUUGUUCCAACUCCAGACUUCCCCGUGCCUUCUCUGUAUCUGCUGUCUGAUAAGGAGGUAAGAGAGAUCGUACAGCAGAGCCUUUCAGUCGGCAACUUUGCUGCCAGGCUUCUAGUAAGACUUUUUCCAGAGCUGUUUACUCCAGAGAAUCUCAGACUGCAAUAUAACCAUUCAGGUGCUUGUAACAAAAAACAGCUUGAUCCCAUUAGACUGAGACUGAUCCGCCAUUAUGUUGAAGCUGUUUACCCCGUGGAGAAAAUGGAAGAAGUAUGGCAUUAUGAAUGUAUACCAAGCAUUGAUGAAAGAUGCCGACGUCCCAACAGGAAAAAGUGUGAUAUACUGAAAAAAGCCAAGAAAGCAAAAAAGUGACAAGCCCUUUUAAAUUCCCAAGACUUUGACCACUAAAUUAUUUGUGAGGAGCAUGCUUUGCUUUAGACUGGGCAACUGUUCUCACAAUGGGAGCUGAGGGCACUCAGCACCUGAAAGACUAGGCACUAAGAUUGUCGCUUUUUAACUUGUGUGCUGCAUAUACAAGGGCACUGCAACAGUGGGAAGUGGUUAACUACAUUUGUACAUGGUGAAGACCAUGAAUCACCAGUGAUAAAGCCAUUAAGAGCACAACAUUUUGGCUGGUACAAAACAUGUAUUAAAAUUGCGUUAUUCCACUCCCCACUUUUGCACCUUCCUUUUUAUCGCUUUUUAAUAAUAAAUCUUUUUUUUUUAAUCAUUGUGCUCUUCAGGGGCAGUUUUUCAUUACACACUUGUACACGGUCAAAGUUAAAUAAUUUGGCAUUUGGAAUCUGAAUUUUAUUUAAACCUGCAAACUUUAUAGUUUUUGAAAGUGCCAUGUUCACUGAAAAUUAUUGGAACAUCAAACUGUUUCUACAGUAAUUACAGCUAUGCCUUUUAUUUUGUCCUUGCUGAUAUUGGGAUACUGAAAGUAAUACCACAGCAUCAAAGAAUGGGUCAAAAUGGUUUAAUGUCCUUUUUACUGUUACCCACAUUUUAUUUCCAUUUGUUAUAGGAACUGAGACUUAAUCCCAGGCACUCAGCAUAAAUGUACAUUUACAUUUUGACCCUAUGCCUGAAUUUGUACCCUUACUCACAUGAUUUAUUGCAUUGCCUUCAAGGUGACUGCAGGCCUGAAUAAGUUCUGCUUGUCCAAGUAAAGGGUGCAGAAUAGAAUCCAAAUCUUCACCAGUAGAAUGUGUUGCCAUUGCUUGUUAGUCUCUUUGUUAGAAAAAUACUUGAAGCAAGGAAUGAAGGGAGACAUCUUAGUCCUUAUUCUUCACCAGAAUCAUGAUUCCAAAGGUUUCCAGCAUUAAAUACUACACAAAGAAAGAUUUGAUUCUGUAAUGGAAUUAAUUGCUGCAAGGUCCUCACCUGUGAGGUGUGUUGAUUUAACCCACUGUUUGUAAAUGCAGCACAGCCUGAAUACUCCAAAGGUCAUAGGGGUAUUGAAAUUCCUUCAAUUAUCCAAGCUUAUUUAGUGUAAUAAGUAGCUGUUUGGAGAGGUAAUCUUGUAUGUAUAACUUAGGUUCAGAGGACUCAGAUUGCAUUGUAUGUUCAAGUAUAAACAAAACUAUUUGAACUCCAUUGUGAUGUCACUAAUUUUCAGAGAGUUCAGCAUUAAAAACAUAGCCUGAUUUUUCUAUUAUUUAUACUGAUGAAAAGCAGAAGGAAUUCCACUGCUAAAAUGAAGAGAAUCAAGCCUCCAGGUGGGUGUUAGUAAGGACAGUGAUCACUUAAGACUGACCAUCCCUAGAACACUUUGAGUUAUUAGUUAAUGUUCUUUGUGUUCCUCCUUUGGCAUUUAUCAAGAUGGGUUAUAGUAUCAAAUUAGAAGUAAGCCCCACUGUAAAUUUAUAUUUUAGACUUUGUACAAAAUACUUGAUAUUUUUACUUCAGAUUUUUAGAAUUUAUUGUUCUUAGAAUCAUGUUGAUACCUUUCUUUAAUUUUUCCCCUAAAGGCAAAAGAUAGCAAAGUUACAUUAUGUUAAAGCUACAUUAUGUAAGUCACACGAGCUAGUAGUGGUCACUCGUUUUUCCCAUUGUGAUAGCAGAAUCCUCAAAGAAUGUAUGAAGAGAGUCUUGAAUGUACUAAGUAAUACCCUAAUACUGUUAAAAUUCACUUGUUUCUUCCUCUUGGCAUAAAUAAUAGCAGACCAUGCACAAAAUGGAUAUCAGAGCAAAUGUGGCUAUAAAUAAAAUGAAAACAUUUUACCAAAGAUUAUGAACUGAUACCAUGAUGUCUGCAUCUUACCUUUCAGAUUAGUGCAUAUUUUUAGCAACUGAAUGUAUUGGAACCUUAAGGUUUUGGGUUUUUUUACAAUUGUGUGUUAACUAGCACCUCUAUGUGAACUUUCUACAUGCACUUUUAUGGGCUACAUAAAAUGUCAUGAAAAGAAUGAAGGUCUUUUUUAAUUUACUGUUGAAAAUGGCUUGCAUUUACCCUGCAGCCCAAAAGGUAAGGGUUGUAAUAUGCAGAUUCUCUUUAUAAUUUAUUUGUACUUAUUUUAAUGUCACAUUUGUUUCACUGAUAUAUAAUAGCAAACCCCACAUAAGGAUUCAGCAUAUCACACAGUUAGGAAAGAGAAGAUGAGAACUGACAGAUGUUUCUAUCCAGUAUGAAAAUUGAAAAUGUUUUGAUAUUCAUUAUACGUUACUAAGUUAUUUCUUGUUAAGUCAGUCAGAUGAAGCUAUUCAUAUGAUACACUAAUAAUUUAGGAAUGGAUUUUGUCCUUAAAACAUUAUCACCAAAAGUGAGCAUGCAGCAAGAACCUGGUUGUAUCUCCUUUUAUAUUACAUACACUUUAUACACUCCUCUAAUCUGAUUGUCCAAAAUCCUUUUAUGAUCCAUCUUACUUUCAAAUAGCUGUUUUUUAUAAAUGAUAUUAAGUCAACACAAGCACAUUUAAAACAACUGUUAGAUUGACAAAGGAAACUUCUUUGAGGUGCAAAUGCAUCCAAUUGGUCAGUUUUAAAAAUGGAGUAAUUAUAUGUAUGAAUUACUGUUAUGAGAGAGUAAAGUUAGCUAUGAACAAUUACAUGAAUAGUAACUUCUUUUUUUGUUUAGUUUGUCUAAGAUUUGUUACUAAAUUCUGGAGUGUCAUUUACCUGUUGAAUAAAUAAGCAGGGACAGCUUGAUUUGCUGUAACUAUUAUGACAUCCUCUCUCUUUUAGAAUGUAACUUUAAAAGGAAAAACUGGCUGUUUUGAAAGUGAGGCAGUAAUGAAGAAAUUUCUAAGUAUUAACUGAAAAAAACUCAAAACAAAUGUAAUCAUACACACACUGACUUCAUAAUAGGUGAAUAUUAUUUUACCUGUCAGGUCAACAAAUCCUGUUCAGGAGAAUAUUAAGUAUCGCUGCUUACUUAUUGUAACUGAAACAUUUCAUUGUGGUAAGGACUGAAUAAUUCACUCUCCUAUGAAGACCCUCAAGGAAACAGCAUAACAUUUCUUGGCUCUAUUCGCCAGAGUGGUGGUGCCAGGUUUUUCCCAAUACAAGAGAAUAUGGAACUGCUUUUAGCAUCUCACCCAUUUCACACAAAUGAAAACUCAGGAGCUUUGCAAGAACUUUUAAUGUGUAUCAUCUUUUGUGAAAUUUAAAGGGGAAGUUAGAGCUAUCUAGCAGCCAUCUUUAGCAGGGAAAGUCAAACAGCAUCUUACUUUCAAAAGUGAAAAAUAACCCUUGUUUGAAAUGAUUGCAUUUGGUUACUAUUAUGGGUCAGCUGUAACCCUAAUCAACUUGUUACAAUUUUGUACUUUUCAGUAAUAAAAACUACUUUCUCUUGCUUCUUAGCAAAA